AUGCGUUUGAAAGAAGUUAGCCGCCUGGAGCUUCCUCCAACAGCCGACAUGCACGUCCAUCUUCGCGACGGCCCGAUGAUGGAGUUGAUCACGCCUCAGAUACGAAGAGGCGGCGUUGAUACCGUGUUUGUUAUGCCAAAUCUUGUGCCGCCGGUCACAACCGUUGCUCAAGCUUUAGAGUACCGGAAUCGCCUCCUAGCCAUUGACCCAACUUUAACCCUUUGCCCCGAUACUCUUGCUGGCACAGAACAGCUCGGUUCUGACAGGUUGAAGAUAUACUCUUCAAUCACCCCCGAGGUCAUUGCUGAAGCCGCUGCCGCUGGUAUUUCCGGAGUAAAAGUAUACCCCCAAGGUGUUACAACAAAUUCUGCUUCGGGUGUUGCAAACCUAGAUGAUUUCUUUCCUGUUUUUGAAGCUAUGGAGAAACAUCACAUUGUGCUCAAUAUUCAUGGAGAAGUCCCUGAUGUCAAUGUCAUGAAUGCCGAAGAAGCAUUCCUACCGACGCUGAAGAGAAUACAUGAGCAUUUCCCAAACUUAAGAAUCAUCUUGGAGCACUGCUCCACAGCCGCGGCGGUAGAAGCUGUCCGUUCCUGCGGGUCAUCUGUAGCAGCUACCAUCACCGCUCACCACCUGUAUCUGACGAUCGAUGAUACUGUAAACCCUUUGGCGUUCUGCAAGCCCAUCGCGAAGACUCCACAGGAUCGAAACGCCUUGCUAAAAGCCUCUUGCAGCAACGAUUCGAAAUUCUUUUUUGGGAGUGAUAGCGCUCCGCAUCCAGUCAGUUCCAAGCAGGGUGCUACGCCCGCGGCUGGCGUCUACACCCAGUCCUUCGCAACCCAAUACGUCGUCAAAGCACUGGAGGACGCAGUCGAAAGCGGCAUCGUGGACGAGAGCGAAGUUACCCAGGAAAGUCUUGAGAACUUCCUAAGCCGAUCUGGUAGAAAGUUUUACAAAUUACCAGAAGAAAACGCCACGAAGAUUGUGCUGGAAAGAAAAGGCGAGGUCAUCCCCAAGACCAUCAAGAGCGCGGAUGGGAAUGUUGAAGUUGCAUUGUCAAAGGGUGGAGAAGAUGUGUUUAGUCUUCGAUGGGUGCAUUAA